GAAGAUUUGCCUUUCACCUAUUCCGUUUCAACAAAGCUUUGGUUGCGGGCAUCGAGUAUUGGUCUGGAAUGCUAUAACUAUCAUCAGACAACAAGAACGAAGCUCCAGCGCGGAUCAGUGGAGGAGUUCAUUGAACCUUCCAAGUACAAAAUUUCCUCUGAGAGCGAAUGCAGCAAAGAGAGAAGUUGAGAUUCAGAAAAUUACUGGGUUCGAUUCACUCUACUCAUGGCAAAGAAAUCGUGGCUCUGAUUGUCCUGUCUUCUGUCUACAUGAUGGUCCACCGUAUGCAAAUGGGGUGCCUCAUGUGGGACAUGCUCUAAACAAGGUGCUGAAAGACAUCAUUUGCAGAUACAAGAUGAUGCAAGGAUACAGAGUUCAUUACAUUCCUGGUUGGGACUGCCACGGACUACCUAUCGAGAUAAAGGCACUACAAGCGAUCGAACACGAAAAGUUAUCUCCUCUUGCUAUCAGAAAUAAAGCAUGCAGGUUUGCUGAACAUUACAUCAAGCAACAGAGAGAGCAAUUCCAACGGUGGGGUCUUCUUGCAGAUUGGUCAAAUGCUUAUAGAACAAUGGAUAAGCCAUAUGAAGCAAAUCAGCUGAGAGUGUUUCUUCAUAUGUAUGAAGAUGGACUUGUAUAUCGUAGUGUCAAACCAGUCUAUUGGUCACCAUCCUCAAGAACUGCCCUUGCAGAAGCCGAGCUUGAAUACUAUGACAAAAUCAGCAAGUCUAUAUACGUGAAAUUUUGCCUUCAGUCUGCAAGUAUGCCAGACUUUCUGCGUGGAGAUAAGCCAGUGUCACUACUGGUAUGGACAACAACACCGUGGACCAUCCCAGCUAACAAAGCAGUCUGUUUUAGCAAUGAUGCAACGUAUUGUGUAGUUGAAUGUGAAUGCCCUGGACGGGAGAGAGAGCGACUCAUUGUGGCUGUGAACAAACUUGAUGAUGUUCGACGUGCUCUCAAACAGGAAUUGCCAGUUCUAAUGACAUUUCCUGGUCAUUCUCUUAGGACUGUUUGCUAUCACCAUGCAUUUCAGAAUGAUAUCGUCUGCCCGGUUCUUUCAGGAUCUCACGUUAGCAUGGAGACGGGUACAGGACUAGUGCACACUGCUCCAGCACAUGGAAUGGAAGAUUAUGUCAUUGGCAAAGAACAUGGCUUAGACUUGGAUUGCGCUGUUGAUGAUGAUGGAUUGUUUGCCGAAUCUGUGGGGUUUGGUCUUGCAGGGAAGAAUGUAUUGGAUGAGGGAAACAUUGCCGUGAUUGACCAUCUGGAGAGAUGUGGAGCAUUGCUGCAUACAUCUGAUUACGUGCAUCGUUACCCACAUGACUGGCGUACCAAACAGCCCAUCAUACUUCGCUCAACACCACAAUGGUUUGCUAGUCUUACUGUUCUAAAGGAACAAGCAAUGAGAAGUCUGAAUAAUGUAAAAAUGACUCCUACUAGCUCAGUAAACAGAAUGAUGUCAAUGCUGGAAGGAAGAGAUGAUUGGUGUAUAUCCAGACAGAGAGUUUGGGGCGUUCCCAUUCCAGCAUUUUAUAGUAGUGACACGGGUGAAGUCCUAAUGAACAGGGCUUCUGUGAGUCAUGUCAUCUCUCUUGUUGAGAAGCAAGGUGCUGACUGUUGGUGGAAGUUGCCUGUCGCCGAUCUUCUUUCACGUGAUGUGAUUGAACAGUCUGGCAGCUCAGAUUUUAUUCGAGGUGAUGACACCAUGGAUAUUUGGUUUGACAGUGGAACUUCUUGGGCGUCAGUCUUGAAAGAAUCUUUGGAUGGGUUAGAUGGCAUUGCCGAUAUGUAUCUUGAGGGUUCAGAUCAACAUCGUGGCUGGUUCCAGUCAUCGUUGUUGACUAGAGUCGCAGUGCAUGGUGAUGCACCUUACAAACACAUUGUCACACAUGGGUUUGUGCUGGAUGAACAAGGUCGAAAAAUGUCGAAGUCGCUUGGUAAUGUUAUAUCUCCAGAUGACAUCAUCAAUGGGAACAAGCAUCAAUCUGGCUAUGGAGCUGAUAUAAUGCGUCUGUGGUCAGCCUCUACUGACUAUCAAACAGAUAUUUCUUUGGGUCCAGGCUUACUGUCUCGAAUUUCUGAGCAAUACAGAAAGGUCAGGAACACAGCUCGUUUUAUGUUGGGCAAUUUGUUUGAUUUCACUCCUUCGACUGAAUUACUGCCUGACAGCCAGCUCUUGCCUCUUGACCAGUAUGUAUUACAUCUUUUACACUUGUAUGCCGAUGAAGUAACGAAGGCAUAUGAAGAUUUGGUAUUUUCAAAGGUUCAUCACAGCCUCAUGCAUUUAGUCACAACUGACUUGUCAGCAUUUUAUUUUGACUCAAUAAAAGACAGGUUGUAUGUUGAAACUGCGAAGAGUCCUGUCAGACUGAGUGCUCAAACGGCAUUGUAUCAUCUUCUGUCUAUAAUUUCCAAAUCAUUUGCUCCGAUACUGCCUCAUCUUGCCGAAGAAAUUUACAGUCACAGAGUUGGAUUGCCAGAUGAAUCAGGUAGUGCAUUCAAGAAUGGCUGGCUGGACUGUCCAAGUUCGUGGAGGAGACCAGAUUUGGCUACCGACUUUGAAAUUGGCCGACAGAUUCAAAAUCUGGCACAUAAUGUGCUAGAGAAAGCCAGGAUUGAUAAAGCUAUUGGAAGCUCAUUGGAAGCCGACUUGAUUAUUGCGACUCCAAAAGGAAGAGUUUAUGAUGCACUGAGAAGAUUGCAUGGGAGGGAUGGAACGUGUGGAGUAUCUGCAUUGUGUGAUAUUGUAAACACAUCCCACGUGUCGCUAGUGUGUAGUGAAGACAUGGUUGUUCAACCUGACUUGCACCUCCACGAUUGUGCUGCUGUCGAGACCGGUCUCCCCGAGAAUGACAUAUAUGCGGUCUCUGGAGACAUUGCUUUGAAUGAUGAUUUCGUACCUUCAACUCCUGUCAUUGUUCAGGUAAGUCGUUGUUGUCUCGAGAAGUGUCCUCGCUGUUGGAAGCAAUGGUCAGUGGUGCCAGGCUCAAUAUGUCAGAGAUGUCAGCAUGUGCUAGAUACUCACAGUUUUAACGGAUUGAAUGCAACGGCUCAAAGAUAACAAAUUUAUAAAGAAACGAAAAAGAUUAGCACCGAAAAUACAUACAACAGAAUGGGUUGAUGAUACACCCACAUGUACAGUGUUAGAUUGGGAUACCAUCAGUCAAUUUUUGUAACAGUAUUUCAGUAACUGCUAUGCCAUUUAUCUGGUUGUAAUAAAAAUUAUUAAUAGCUUGACAAAGCUGCCCGAGCCUUCAUACCCGAGGAGCUUGUCAACAUACCAUAACAACAGUACGUAGCAAACUGAUAUA